AGAAAAUCCUCGAACGUCUCCAGGAAGUGGCCUUCGCCAGACAUUUGGCUACCACGUUUCGUUUUCAAGAUUUGAUUUAAAACAUAAACUAUUUGUAGUUUUGUUGCCUCGAUUUAGCCCGCGAAAGAAUCAGGCCACCAUGUCGUCGUACACGUGCAUCAGCUGCCGCGUGGCGUUCUCCGACGGUGAGAUGCAGCGCGCUCACUACAAGAGCGACUGGCACCGCUACAACCUGAAGCGCAAGGUUGCGGACAUGCCGCCCGUCAGCGCCGACAACUUUCAGGAGCGUGUCCUGUUGCAGCGCGCUGCCGCCGAGCGCCAGCUGAGCGACACCGCUGAGGCCUGCCCAGUCUGCAACAAAAAAUUCUCCACCACCAACGCCUUCGACAACCACCUGCGCUCGCAGCGCCACCGACAGGCCGAGCGCCGCGCCCUGCAAGCCGCACGCCUGCAGGUGGACAAGCUCAACCAGAAGAACCUAGAGAAAGGGCUUGGCGACAACGACAAGGCCAACCAAGAUGCCAGGAACGAGGCUCUGCAGCAGGCCUUCAAGGAGCAGCGGAGGGCCGAGCGCCCUGGGACGGUCCGGGAGGAGGAGGCGGCGGCGGCGACGAGGAGCAAGCCGGAAAAACCUCCGCGACUCGUAUGGCUGGAGGAGCAGGCCAAGCGGAGAGAGUUGGAGGAAGGACCUGCCGCAGAGGAAGAGGAGUGGGAGGACAUGGACGAAGAUGAUGAUGAUGAAGAUGUGGAAGAGGACAUGGAGGAGGAGGAGACCACGGAGGAUCAGGAAGAAGACGUGGCGGCUCGAUCCGACCCGCAACUCCCCGCCGUCACAGCACUCGCCGGUUCCAUCCCUGUCACCGACUGCCUGUUUUGCUCACAUCAUUCCAAAUCACUGCUGCGCAACGUCGCCCACAUGACGCAGGUUCACAGCUUCUUCAUCCCAGACCUCCAGUACCUGGUGAACCUCAAGGGUCUGGUCCGCUACCUGGGCGAGAAGGUGGGCGCGGGCAACGUGUGCCUGUGGUGCAACGAGAAGGGGCGCUCCUUCUACUCCACGGAAGCCGUGCAGCAUCACAUGACGGACAAAAGUCACUGCAAGCUCUUCACUGACGGGGACGCCGCGCUGGAGUUCGCCGACUUUUAUGACUUCAGGAACAGCUACCCCGACGGCACAGACCAAAUGGAUGACGAGCUUCCGGACGACAAGAACAUUCAAUACGACGACGAGACAAUGGAGCUCAUGCUCCCAUCAGGUGCCAGGAUCGGCCACCGUUCCCUCAUGCGGUACUACAAGCAACGUUUCGGAACUGAGAGGGUGCUGGCCCUGAGCCACAACAGAAACGCGGUGGGACGCGUGCUGCGGCAAUACAGAGCACUCGGAUGGGGCGGCGACACAGGCCUGGGCGGCGCGCGUCGUUCUCCUCGCGACAUGCAGUACGUGCAGAUGAUGAAGUCCAAGUGGAUGCUGAAGUUGGGCAUGAGUCACAACGCCACCAGGCAGAAACACUUCCGCCCGCAAGUCAUCUUCUGAGAGCUCAACGUGCAACUCCAACCUGUUGCUGCCACAGCGGCCAUCGAGUUAUUUAAUUUGGAUUAAAAAUCGGACAUAAUA